AUGAAAUUCACAGCCCUGUCGAUCGCUUUUCUUCAAAAAGCCAUCGCCGAUGAGUUCUACUACCCAGACUACUCCGACUAUCCAUUAGAAGGUCGCAAUCUUCAGAACACUCUUUCUGGUCGAAGAACUGGCACUUUGGACACAAGACAAAUCUUCCAUAGAAAACGACUUAUCAACUCUCAGGUUACUGCUAAAUCAAACGGAGCGGCCUGGUACUUCCACUACCACGACUACGGCUGCUAUUGCGUCGCCCCUUCUGACCCGAAAAAGAACCGUGGCAAACCAGUAGACGCUAUCGACAGUGCUUGCAAACGACACAACAUGUGCUACCAGUGCGCAUACUCUGACUUUUCCGACGCUCGACGAGAAUGCAAUCCGAAGCAAAUGGGUUAUCGAUAUACUAUCACAACAAACGACGACGGCAACAUCAAGAUCGAGUGUCUCAACUCUCCAGAUACGUGCGCUUAUGCCACUUGCAUGUGCGACAAGGCACUUGCGGACGAGCUUGGAAAUCUUGCGAUGAAAGGCACACUUGCUUCUAAGGACUACAGAAACUACGACCCAGCGAAAUGCUCCGGACCACAAGCCGCCCGAUUGGAUCCCUCACCUCAAGGUGUCUUCAACGAUGACGCUGGCGCUUUCGACUUCGAAAACCAAGUCACUUUCCUAAGCGAGCCAGAUACUGGAGCUGACGUUCCUCAACAGUGCUGCGGCGUGUACCCACAACGAUUUCCGUACAAGAGCUCAACGCACGAGUGCUGCUCGGCCGGCGAAGCCACGGAGGAGAUCAAACCACUUGGAACUUGUUAA